AUGGCGACCGGCGUGGCUUCCCGGUCCUUGUCUCCUCCUCCCACUUCCGACGCCACUAAUAAGAAUCAACCGGCCAAGUAUGAUCCCUUCAACGACCCCAAACUGGAAACGAAACAAAAGACACUGACUCUCUUGACUCAUGCGGCCAAUUGCCAGGUUUCGCCCAGCGAUUGUGCCAACAAGCAAUGCAAGGCUGCCAAGACCAUGCUCCAGCACAUUGUCAAAUGCAAAGAUCCGAAAUGCAAGGCACCCUUUUGUCCCUUUGCCAAGUUUGUUCUUCGUCAUGGACCCCAAAUCAAAAAGGCUUCCGACGAAAAGGCGGCCAAACGCAAGAACAUGGUCGUGGGAGGACAAGUCCAAAAACCCAAUCCCAAACGAUUUCGACACUAUUACCGUCGCAAACGACUGCGUCCUACUGUCACCACGCCAUCGCCGCAAGCACGUGGAUUCCAAAGUAUCUGCAAUCAACUCAACGAUGCACAACAGCAAGGACAUCCCUUGUCGAAAAAGAAACGCGCCAAGCAAAAACGCAAGUCCAUGCCGCUGAUACAAGAGAGUAAAAAAGAAGACAAGUAUGCCAACAACAACGAUCAAGACGAUGACGAAGAAUCCAGUAGUGGCAGUGAAUUCUCGGACACGAGCACCGAACUGCAAUCCCAGAGCAGCAGCAGUGAAGAAGAAUCGUCCGAAGAAGAGAGCAGCAGUGACAGUGAAGAAGAUGAAACACUCGAACGACACGUCGUCAACAAUCAGGGAUCCUUUCUCAAAACUAUGCAAAAACAACGAAAACGGUUGCGCCGAGGAUCUUUAUCGAGUGGUAACCGUCGUGGAUCCGACACGAGCAGCAGUCAAGGCGACAACAACGAGGACAUUGAUGCUUCGCCCUUUCAAACACCGCUGCCCAAACGGUUACCACCCCGAUCUCCGGCGCGGGGUGGGACCAACACGACCAGGGCCAUUCCGUCGCGACGGAAAAUGCCACAUUUGGGAGCACGGUCGCCUCCUCGCAGUGCCGUGGCACGCGCCUUCAAGGAUCGAGGGCCUCGCAUGCCAUCGCGAAGUGACGUGACGGACAGCGACAAUUCGAGUAUUAGUAGUAGUAGUAGUGAUGACGAAAACGACAACAAGGAGGAUGAGGAAAGUGACAGUGAAUGGUCGUCCGAAAAGCCAAAACCCAGCAAAUUGGCACAAGCACGAAAGGCGGCUCGGACAAAAGCGGUUUCGUCCAGUGGGGGGGACGGGGAAACAUCAGAUUCAUCAUCAUCCGAGGAAGAAGAGUCCUCGGAUGAAGAAGAAAAUAAAGGGGAAAAGACUCGGGGAAAAGUGUCUGCCAAAGCGUCACAAGUGGCAAAACCCACUAGAGAUGACUCAUCAUCGUCGUCGUCGUCGUCGUCAGAUGAAGAAAACGACAACAAGCAAACUUCCAAAAAGGCAAACGCAAAAACAUUAGCUGCUCAGACAAAAGUAUCCGAUUCACAUUCUUCCUCUGAAGAAGAGGAAGUACAAGAGCCCCAAUGGUUUGGCUUUGCUGCAGACAAAACGAAAAAGCAAAUAAGAGACGACUCGUCAUCGUCAGAAGAGGAAGAUGAAGAAAGCACAGCGUCUGCAAAGAAACCACAAGAGAAAGCAUACGAUUCAGACUCGGGCUCUGAAGAAGAAGAGGGAGGGCAGACUCGGGGAAAAGGAUCGUCUCCAGCAAAGUUGUCUCAGCCUAUCGCGAGAGCAACAGACGAUUCGUCAUCAGAAGAAGAAGAGGAUGACAGCACUACGACAGACAAAGUAGCGAAAGCAACGACAACAAAGGAUGCUGCAUCUCAAGAUAGGGAAGAGUCUGAUUCAUCUUCGUCAGAGGACUCUGCGUCUGAAGAAGAGAAGGAGCCUGAUACUAACGCACCUAAACCUGCCCAGUCUGCUGGCGAUGACUCGUCAACAUCGUCGACUUCUGAGGAUGACCGUGACGAAAUAUCUGGCCAGGUCGAGGGUGGAACGAAACCGUGUGAACGCAAAAAUCCGGUUGACGACUUGGAAAAGGCUGAAUCUGAUCAAUCGUCCAGAGCAUCCUCGUCGCCAUCCGAAGACGAGGACGACGAAACAUCAGAGAAACAUUUGCAAACGGCAGAUGAAUCAGAGAAAAAUAUGCCAAUGGCAGAUAAAUCAUCGUCUUCGUCGAAAUCGGAGCCAUCCCGUGACGAGGAACAAUCAACAGAGAACAGAGACAGCCAAACGCCAACCAGACCAAAAGACAAGACCGAAUACGCUGAUCACGCCAAAGCUUUGGCAGCUGCCCCGGGGGACGUUGGAUGGCAUGGGUUGGAAGUCGAUCCGACGACCUCAGCUCCUGCCCUCGACGCAGCAGAUGACAACGGGCUGAAUAAGGGCGAGGUGGAAGAACAACGGCGCAGCAAGGACACCCCAAGGGACGACGACAACGCAGAGUCGAAUGUUUGGGUGCCACCAGACGUUGUUGGUCUAGUUGCCAAAAACGCAAAAAGGCUUGAAAGCAUUGACACCAGCGCUCCAGAUUUCAGUGCAGACGAUGAAGAACAACCAAAAGGACCCGACUGGGUGGACGUCGAGGCCAACAACGGCAAUGGCACAAAUGUCGACCCAGAGAAUGACGCAACACAAAGUUCCAGUACCGCACCGAUACGUUUACCCGAAGAGGUUACCACGGGCAAGUCUGAUGCUGUCACCGAUGACGACAGCCAAAACCCGAAACCAUUGAACGCACCGAUUCUCAAUAAAACGGGAAGAGAACGGAUGAGUUUCAGGUCCAAAAUCAGCAUGUUCGCCCCUAGUUCCGAAGAGUCACCUAGCCCAGCUUUUGCGUCAACUUCCAAACCGCCUCCAAUGUGGCCACCUCCAAAAGAUGUCAACAUUUCCAGCCUGAUAGCAGAUGUCAACCAGAGAGUCGACACCGAACAAAGAAAGGGUCAAAUGCACAAAGAAACAAUUACAAAAGCUCCCGCCACAGAAUCAAAAUGGAAGGAUUUCAAAGCGAACAGCCCAGCAAAUUUCAGCGGACCUGUGACAGCAACAACUUCCGAGACCCCAGAAGCUCUUCCUGAUCAAUCCCAAGGCGAGUCCGGGCCUCAAAAAGCAAAGUUGGCUCCUGUCAGUCUGGAAAGAAGUUCCACCCCUAAUGAUGUUACAGGAACGGAAGAAAAGGAUGAAUCAGACCUGACUGCUUUGGGAAACUCUCAACGUAGUAUCGCUGACUCUCGAACUAGGGGCGUCGAAGCCACAGCUGAAUCCAGUGAUACGGACUCGAAUUCGCAAGAUUCAAAUGCCGCACAGCAAGAGAUGAAAGAGAAAGCACCGAACUCCACCGAUGCAGCAGCAAAGUCGAUAGGAUCUGACGGCGCGGUCUCGGAUGUGAAAUCGCAGACGGCAUUGAAACAUGCAGGCAGUAGCUCGCCUCCAGAUGUGGUCGCCACAGACUCAGAGGGUGAAUCAGAGUCAUCCUCGCGUUCAGGUUCUGGCGCUGAAACAGAGAAGAAAGCUGAAAAAUUACGCGCUGACACUGGCUCUCCUGGAAAGGGCCGAGCUUCGACAUCGUCUCUGGUGCCGGACUCGGACGAUGGUGAUACCAGUCAAAGCGUAUUCUCUGUUUCAUGUGCAUCUUCGAGUGACGCUUCGAGCGCAGCUUCAAGCAUAGCACCUGCAGAAGCGAUUGACGCAUGCGCAGCCUGCGGCAUGGAAACAGAAUUUGUGCCUCAAGAGAUGCUGAUCUGUGACUGCAACAAAGUAAAGUACUGCUCAAACGAGUGCCAACAAUGGCACUGGCAGGAGCACAAGAGUUCAUGCAUGGGUAGUGGCGACAUGGAUGAGGCUAAUGACUGUGCGGGAAGCCUUUCCAGUAAUGGGUCUGAUGAAGAAGAGGAAGCACCUGAGGAAUCAGCAGCAGGAGAUGCCCCUUUCAUGGGCCAGCCAGACACACAAGCAGAGAAACAAUCGGGAAACGCCUUUAAUGCGUUAACGAAGGAGAAAACAGAGGAAGCCGACGAAUCAUCACUUGCGGCUAAUGUUGGUAUGCCCGAUACCCAAGCACAUAAAGCAGAGCAACAAACAGCAGGACCAGUCGAUGUAACAGAGAAUCAAUCAGCAGAGGAAUCUGACAUUGGCCCUUGCGACAUUCAGCGAGAGAAGAUUUCUUCUGAGAAAUCAAUAGUAACCACGGACAGUGGCCCGUCUGACACUCCAUCAGAGAAAAAAUCAGGGCAGUCAGCGAAUUUCACUGAAAUCCCCCCUUUGGCCAUAGAAGUGGAGCAAGUAGGUGAGAAGUCUGAAGAGACAAGCGCCAGUGGCCCUUCUUAUGAUACCGCGACAGAGAAGAAAUGUGAGCAACCAAAAGGUAUCACGGACAUCUUCCCUCUGUCCACCCAAGGAGAGAAAGUAGCUGAGAAGUCGAAGGAGUCAAAUAACACCGCGCCUCCGGACAAGGAAGCUGAGAAGUUUCGGGAGAAGUCUCUGGGCGCAAACGACGUUGAUCCAUCUGGGGACACCGAAGCAGAGAAUAAGACUGAGAAUUCAGAUGGGCCAAGUAGCAUUGGCCAUUCAGACACAGAACGGGGCAAUGGGAAAUCGAGAGCAGCCAUGGAACUGGACCACGCAGACACCGGCACCACAGAUGCGAAAGCUGAGACACCAGCCCAUGGCAAGGGAAUGGAACCAUCUUCUGGAGAGUCCCUGUCAACAUCCCUACUGGUACCAGGUGGUAAUCCAGAUAUUGCCACUGGCCCAAGUGAUGGCAAAGCCGAAUGCGCCGACAAGAAACUGAUUGACGAUGCUCCUCAGGCCAAUGAUGAAAGGUCUCAUUUGUGUGAUGGCCGGAAUAAUGCCAGCUUGUCUAGUCUUGGUGACAUGACCAUGUCCUCGAGGCGGAAAGCAGAGGCGAAGCUUAUGGCAAUCCGAGCAAAGUGUGAGUCUAUGGCCAAGAAUAUGUUUACGCUGGAAGAUACCAACUUGACCAUUCUUGAUGAGAAGGUGGAAUUGGUGAAAGAAAAGACUGAUCUCAAGGUUACUGUGUCCAACCUGGAAGAACAGCUAAGGCAAGCCAGGGAGGAAAUCGAAGCAUUGAAGAGAUCCAGGGCUGAACAAGAUGAAAAGCUAAGAUCCGACAGUUGUGAGAGGGAGAAUGACAGAGCUGCAAUGAAGAAAAUGACAGCACAUCUAGUUGAAGCUAGAGAAGAAACUAGGUCGCUCUCAAAACAGUUGAUUGAUGCUAGGGAUUCCAAGAAGACUGUCUUGGAUGAGAAGAGGCAACUGUUUUCCGAGAACGUCCGUCUCAAAAAGCUCGUGUCGACUUUGAAGCAGCAACUGAAGGAUGCAGCAGACAACGUGGCUACUAUCAGACAAGAGAAGGAUUGCGACAGGGCCAUCAUCGAGAAAUUGGAAGCAGAAUUGGCAGAUGCCAAGGAGGCGUCCACAUCCAUGUCAAGAAAGGUGGAUGACGUUGAGAUGGCAAAGAACAAUCAACUCUCUUUGGAAAAUGCAAGUCUAAAGGAAAGUGUGACCGCCUUGAAGAAGCAACUAGAAACUGCCUCAGACCGUGUGGUUGCUCUCCAACAAUACAAUGAAGCCCGGUUACUAGAGGUAAUGGCGGCAAAAAAAGAAUCGAUUGACGCUCUUGAGGAGGAGGAGGAUGACGGUGGAACUGGUUCAGGCAGCACUGGGAGCUCUGGAACUUCCAAGCAAAGUCCUGACAGAGAUUCGUCCAAGGCUCCGAGCUCCGAGGAGUUAUCACAACAAUCCGAGAAUACGAGCAGGAAGGAAGAACCAGAGAACAUCAAUGGAACUUCAACGAACGAAAAGAAGCAUGCCGAGACGAAGGCCGAGCCAAAGAGUGAGCCCACAAAACCACCCUUCGAGUCGAUCACUAUCAAGAUUGGCGACAGCUCUUGUGAUGGCCCACCGAAAAACGAUGACACUGAUGGUGAUGUUGGUGAUGCCAGCAGCGCCGAGAUGAAAAAGACAACAUCACCUGAGGCGUUCAACGAUGAGGUCAAGUCUCAUUCGGAUUCAUCAUCGUCGUCUUCAGCGCCAAAGGAAUCGCCGACAGAAGAGGCUACAUCUAUCUGGGACAUGAUGAAGAAGCCAUCUUCACCAUCAAGUUCGGAUGUAGAUAACUGUGAUGAUGAACAAGAAAUCAGCACAAAACUGAACAAGGCAGCAUCACCUAAUGCUGAGAUCUCCAAUGAUGAAGUCGUAUCCCAGUCAGAGUCCUCAUCGUCAUCUUCAACAUCACCAAAGGAAGUGCCAACAGAAGAGGCCACAUCUAUCUGGGACAUGAUGAAGAAGACGUCUGCACCAUCAAGUUCGGAUGUAGAUAACAGUGAUGAUGUUGUGGCGAGCAGCGCGGAGAUGAAGAAGACAACAUCGCCUGAGAUUUUGAAUGAUGAAGUCAUAUCCCAGUCAGAGUCCUCAUCGUCAUCUUCAACAUCACCAAAGGAGUCGUUGCCGGAAGGUGGCACUUCUAUCUGGGACAUGAUGAAGAAGCCAUCUCCAGCAUCAAGUUCAGAUGUUGAUAACAGUGAUGAUGUUGCAAUGAGCAGCACGGAGAUGAAGAAGACAACGUCGCCUGAGACAUUCAAUGAUGGGGUCAAAUCCCAUUCGGAUUCAUCAUCGUCGUCUUCGCCACCAAAGGAGCCGUCGCCGGAAGGUGGCACUUCUAUCUGGGACAUGAUGAAGAAGCCAUCUCAAGCGUCAAGUGCAAAGAAGAAGAAAUCUUUCUUGGACGAUUCGGACAGCGACAGUAGUGACUCCAGCGACAGCAGCAAAAAGAAAUCAUUUUUGGAUGAUUCUGAUUCGGACAGCAGCGUUUCAAGUGAUAGCAGCUUUGGUGAUGGCAAAAAGUCUUCGAAUGUUCUUGAAAAUAAUACAGGCAAAGAUGAGGAACCACCGAGCAAUGCUACCAGUUCCGUUUCGAAGGAAGAAGUGGAGCUAUCUAAGCAAUCGAUCAGUGACACCGUCGAGCAGUGGAAGACGAUGCAGACUGCCGGGGCGCUGGAGCCUAAAGAAGACGCCAAGGAAGAGAAGGCAAGCGAAGAAGUGCAAGAGGAGGAGCCCAAGCCACCUGUCCAUGACAUCCUCGCCCAGUGGAAAGCAAUGCAGUCCGCGGGAGUACUUUGCGGCAAAGAGGAAAAGAAGGAAGAGGACGAAGACGAAGACAAACCCGCCCCAAGAAAGUGGAAAAAAAGUGCUUACGUGCCACUUUCAUCCUACGCGCCGAACCCGAAAAAGCACGUCAAACCAAAAGAACGGAAGUGGAAAACUAGUGCGUACAAUCCACUCUCGACUCCUUCCAACCGACAACUUCAGGGGCAAGCGUCACAGGCAAAGACGGCAACUCGAUGGGGCACGAAAGCCGACGGAGCACCCUCAGCUGAGACAGGUGGCAGUUCUGGGGAGGCGAACGAGUCACCCAACGAAAGCAAAAAUGCACCCCCUUCUUCGGGCGAUGUCCCAGAAUGGUUAGCCAGAGCGCGGUCGAAGUCGGGCCCACCCCCUAACGCGCAUAUUCCAUCCAAGGACUCUUCAUCUGGCACGCGGAAGGAGUCAUCGUCACCACCGUCACCUUACGACAGCAAGGAUUCACCCCCUUCGGCGAGCGCGACGUCGAACAACGGCGUCCCAGACUGGUUAGCCAGAGCGAGAUCGAAGUCGGGACCUCCUCCACCACCCCAAAGCGCGCAGCGGAAAACCGAGUCCGAAUCGGUUGACGCAAAUGCCAAGGCCAAGCCUUUCAAAGUGGAUACACCCAACCGCGUGGUCCCAUCAACUCCAAGCACCAAGACUGAAGUAAAACUGCAAACGCCAACAGCGAAUGAACCGAAGAAGCCCCCCGUGGAAGCCACCAAUAAAGAAACUGCUGCCGAGCCUGACGAUGAUGAUGGUCUGGACUGGUGGAAAAUGCCGUCCAGCGCAGACGAUUGGUGGUCUGGAGGCGACCCUGAUUACCUGGAGAAACUUGUCAUAGAAGCUUUGGGAUUAGACGACUAA